AUGAAGGGCUUCCUGGCCAAGACCAUGGAGCGGUGCUGGUCCCUCGGUGGCCGGCAUCGUCCACGGCGGCCGACGACGCCACCGGGGUGCUUCGUGGUGCUGGUCGGCCCGGAGAGGGAGCGGUUCGCGGUGCGCGCCGAGUGCGCCAACCACCCGUUGUUCAGGGCGCUGCUCGACUUGGCGGAGGCCGAGUACGGCUUCCCGCGCCCUGCGGCCGACCCGCUGCUGCUGCCGUGCGCCGCCGACGAAUUCCUGCGGGUGAUGUCGGAGGUGGAGCGGGAUCAUCAGGAGCACGACGACGUAGCACGCGGGGGCGCGGCUGCGGCGGUUGCUGCUGGUGCAGCAGCACCUCUGUCGUCGUCGCCGGCGUGGAGCUUCUUCUUGAAAGGAGGUACCGCCCGUGCUGCAGGGUUCCAGAGGAUGAGCCCCGGGCGCUUCUUGAAUUGA